AGUGCUCAAACUUGUGUUACUCCCCACAGGUAAAACAAAGGCAGAGCUCCUCUUUCCUUUCUCUCUCUCACACACACAGACAUAACUAUAAUAUAAUAUAAUAUAUAGGGUGGUGUGAAGAGAGAAAGGGUGUGAUGGGUAGUGGAAAGAGGUACGCGUUGUUAAUGUGUGGAGAGGAUUCAGAGUAUUUGAAGAAGAAACAUGGAGGGUGUUAUGGGAUAUUUGGGAGAGUGUUGGGAGAGGAAGGAGAGGAGUGGGAUCUGUAUAGAGUGGUGCAAAGUGAUUUCCCUUCAGAUGCUGAUUUGCCUCUCUAUGAUGGCUUUGUAAUCACUGGAAGCUGCUAUGAUGCCCAUGCCAAUGACCCUUGGAUCCAUCAGCUCCUUGCUCUUGUCAACAAAUUGGACACAAUGCACAAAACCAUCCUUGGCAUUUGCUUUGGCCACCAGAUACUUGGGCGUGCAUUGGGAGGCAUGGUGAGUCGCUCUCCCAAUGGUUGGGACAUCGGAGUCAGAACCAUAAACGUGUCAUCAUCUGCACCGUUGGCUUAUUCACUUCCAUCAAAGCUUUCCAUAUUCAAAUGCCACCGGGAUGAGAUCUUGGAGCUGCCAGCAAAAGCAGAGGUGAUUGCUUGGUCUGAAAAGACUGGAAUUGAGAUGUUUAGCUAUGGAGAUCACAUAAUGGGCAUCCAAGGCCACCCUGAAUUCACCUAUGACAUCCUUUUGCACUUUAUUGACCGUCUUAUUCAACGCAAUUUGGUCCUGGAAACUUUUGCUAUGGAUGCAAAGACUAAGGCAGCAUUGCGGGAGCCAGAUAAAGAGACAUUGAAAAGAUUGUGCAUCAGCUUUCUAAAGGGUCGAUUGUGACAAUCAUAAAUUAGAAGUGAGAUCUUCUAAACAAUGUGAAAGAUCAAUGGUUGUAUGUGGGCCAAUACAGGUUAUGCCACUUUGACAUCCACUAGACAAGAACGAUGAUAAGUGAAGUCAAUGUGUCAUUUUUCCACUGGAAUUAUCUAACAAUGCCAUUGUUAUUCUACUUUUAUUAUCAACUUCUAAUUUUCUUGAUAAUACUUUUGCAUAAAUUAUUACUUCUGAUUUCCAAGUUAU